CACGUCUCCAUCACAUCAUGGUCAAGUUUGUCGUCACCGUGUUUGCGCUCGUCGCUAGCACUUUUGCGGCCGCUGCUGCUGUCGACACGCCAGUGAUGGGCGUCGCCGCCAAACUGAGCACCGAGGCAGGCCAGACACCAAAAAACCUUCGCGAAGGCGACCAGAAGGAGUGCUUUGGGUCGAUCUGCGGCGGUUUUGGCUUUGGAUGGGGUCUUGGCGGCGGCUGCGGUCUCUUUUCGCCGUUCCGUUGCGGCGGCUGGUUCUAGACGCCACGUUUUGUGUCGAGCAAUGGCUUAAAUGUACGAAGAAGUACCCGUCAUCGCCAAGUGUAUGGCAGGCUUUUUCAUCUUCGC